UGUUCCUCUUAUGGAGCAGUUCUGGAGCUCGCAGUAAUCGGAAAUGCAUUAUUUAAGGUCAGCUGGACCAGCGAUGACUCACUUUGGUCUUUAACUUAUAAACCUCACGGAUGAACAAGCAGAGGUUGGUGCUGCAUAUUGUUUGAGUAUCCACCCAAAACGUAAACCGGUAUUUCUUUUAUCAGUUUCAUUAUUUAACUCACUUUACCAAAGAAAAAUCGGCCGGUCGAGAUGGAAAACCUGGUGCAGUCAACAUUAUUCCUUGCCGCUGCGUUAUAUGCCGUAUCCUCUACUACAGUGGACAGAAGAAUGGAGUUCACGGAGGCAAUGACUUAUCUAAAGAAGUUUGGAUACCUCAACAUUCCACUAGAUAUGCAGGCACAAGAAGACACGAGCGACAAGGAUGUGACAGAAGCUCUCAGAGUGUUUCAGAGAGUGUCAAGUUUGCCAGUAACUGGAAUACCUGACAAAGCUACUCUUUUGAAAAUGAGGCAGCCACGUUGUGGUGUAGAGGACCCUUUCAACCAAAAGUCAAUGAAGUACAGGCGGUUUGGUGGAGUCUGGAGAAAGAGGAAUCUAACGUAUCGUAUCUAUAACUACACCCCAGACAUGGGGAAGGCUGAAACACAGAGUGCCAUCAGAUCUGCAUUCAAAUACUGGAGUGAUGUCACUCCCCUAAGUUUCAAGGAGGUUGAUUAUGGCAGAACAGACAUUAGGAUCUCGUUCCAUAAGAGGGAGGGCUGUCCCUCACCUUUUGAUGGGCCAGGACAUGUGCUUGCCCAUGCUGAAGCGCCUCCUUCUGGAAUUGUUCACUUUGAUGAGGAUGAGUUCUGGACAGAGGGCAAGUACUAUGGUUCCAAUCUGCGCAUUGUAGCAGCUCACGAGAUAGGCCAUGCCCUGGGUCUUGGCCAUUCCCAGUAUAGCAGUGCACUUAUGGCUGCACACUACACUGGUUAUCGAGCCAACUUCAAACUGCAUGCUGAUGACAUCCGUGGCAUCCAGGCACUAUACGGUAAAAAAAUAUCUAGUACAACCACAGAUGAAAAUAUUUACAUCACAAACCCCACCACAUCACCUUUCCCAAAACGUGAUAUUCCAGAUCCAUGUGAAGCCAAGCUUGAUGCCAUUAUGUUGGGUCCUUGGCACAAGACGUUUGCUUUUAGUGGGGAUUAUGUGUGGACAAUAACAGAUGUGGGGCAUAACCCUCCCAUAAAGAUCAGCCGCCUGUGGAAGGGACUGCCAGGGAAGCUUAAUGCAGUUGUUUAUUCUCAGAGAACCAACAAGACCUACUUUCUCAAAGGUGAUAAAGUGUGGCGGUUUACAAAUUUCCAACUUGAUUAUGGAUACCCCAAACAGCUGAGAAGAAUCCCUGCUAACAUUGAUGCAGCGCUGUAUUUUGAAAAGAACAAGAAAAUUUUCUUCUUUAAGGGCUCAGGAUACUGGCAGUGGGAUGAAAUGGUUUACAAUGACCUCAGCAUCUAUCCAAAGCCCAUUUCCCGACUCUUUACUGGUGUUCCAUCCAGUCCUGAUGCAGCUUUCACAUGGACCAAUGGCAAGAUCUACUUCUUCAAGGGUGACAAAUACUGGCGCAUGAAUGAACAGCUAACUGUUGAUCCUGGAUACCCCCUCAGCAAACGAGAGCGCUGGAUGAGAUGCAACCAAUGAGACUCUAGAGGGUGCUCCAUGCUUUGAGAUUGCCUUCAACUGCAGUGUAACUCUCUGGGACAUUGUCACUGUUAAGUCAGACUUUUGAGUAUUCAGAAACACUGCUGUGUGAUUAUAGCUAUGUUGUGGUUUUUGUGAGCUGAGAAUGGGUAACAUUUCAGUUCCCUUUGGCAGGCCUAAACAAUUCCUUUGCUAAGAGUGAAGUUCUUUCGUGUUAUCACAUGGUAGCUAAUUUCAGGGAACAGACCUCAACCAUAUUGUCGGUGCACUGAAAAAGAGUGGCAUACACUCGAGUAUGUUUGCCAUUUAUAUAUUAUGGUUUGGUAUUUUGUAGCAAUGCACAUGUAUAGAUCAAAACAUGCCUAUAUAGAGAUUAACGGGUGUACUCAAUAUGAUUCUUUCCUUUGUACUUCUUAGAAGCUGAUAUAUUUCUGUAUUCAGUAUUUCUUUGGAUUUAAUUUUGCUCAGUAAUAUACUAAAAAUAGUAUAAAUAUAAAUUUUCAGUAAAUAUUUUCACAGAAGACUUACAUUAUGAAUCAGCUUUUGUAUAUGAGUAAAAGAACAGCAGCUUCUAUCAGAAGUGCUAAGGUUAAGGUUAAUAUAAUUAUGGCAAAGAGCAGCAGUGUUUGGGCUGUGAGCUAAAUGACCAAAGGCUGGUGGUAGGGAGAAAGAGUAUGCUUUUUAAAUGCUAAGCAGUUUCAUACAUUUUAUGGCACUGUUAUGGAUUCACUUUAUACUUAUUUGUUGUAAUAGACCAUUUCAAGUUUGAUAUGUCAGACCAUGUUUAUAAGAUGUUCAAUUAUUAAAAUUACUAGAUUAACAACUAAUACAUUUUAACCCGAGUACGAACAUUCGGCAUACUUUAUACAAUGUUUUUUUAGCAUUUCUCUAUGUUCGAAUUUAGUUUUUCAUCAUUAAAAUUAGCAACUGUUAUUGAUUUUUAAUACUAUUGAUUUUUUUUUUCCCCAGCUAAACACACCCUGUCCCUUGCCAUAACUAAAGACAGUGUAUGAUGUCUUUGUAGCUAUCAUAGAAAAUAAUUAUGUCAGCCAGUUGUUAAGGAAACAUUUCACAGAGCUACAGAACCUCAUGCUGUAAGAUCUCAAGUUCUAGGCCCAUACUGAUGUAAUGAAGGUUUGUUUCCAAAUAGUGACAUGUUGUUAAAAACAAAUGUUUCGUAACACUAUUUAUUUGCCAGGACCAAUGGAUAAAUUAUGUGUCCUGUGAUUCAUUAUAAGAUAUAAUUUCAUCAACUGUCUUUCAACACAUUUCCUGGUUCACUUGCACACUGGCUCUGUUUCUGUUAAGAUGGAGAAUUUGCUACAAGACCAGGUAUUUAGAUAUAUUUAGAACAUGUAUUUAGAACAUAUGGGAGUAUUUGUUGUGUGUCAAAUAAUAUAUGUGAACACAGCCUUAGAAAUCCGCUUUGAGGUCAUCAGCAUACUUUGGUUGUUCAAGACAUAACAGAGUAGUAAAAACAAGUAAACAAAUGCCUCAGUAAUACUGUUUUAUGAAUUUCAUAAUUUCUUAAACAUUUUACACAUAUUACAUUCAUGUCCUAAGAAAGCAACAACCACAAAAAGCACUGAGUAUACUUAGUGACACAGGCAUGGUAAAAAUGAAACUUGAAAAUAUUAAGUCUGAAUGAAAAUAAGGCAAUGUAAAUAUAAGGAUGCGAAAUAAUCUGGUACAAGCGGAUGAUAUUGAAAUAAAUUGGGAAAAUGGAAAUAAAUCGAGAUUCAACAAUUAUCUUAAUCUGACCACAAAACACAGAUUAAUAAAUAAAUGCACUCCUUACUUUAUCAUCUUCUAUAGGCUCAUUCUAGACACAUAGCAAGACCAAUUCAUUUUAGUAUACAGAAAGGAUUUAGUAGUAUGUAACAAAUAUGAAAAUCCUAUAGUGUAAAAAGAAUUAAAUGUGAUUUUAGUAUUCUAAAAAUAACUAUUGAAGACAAUUAGAAUACAAAUAUGUAGAUAAUCUGUGUCCAUAUAUCUCUUAUCAUUGUACCACCUUGAAGAGGUGUCCAGACUUUUCCCAAAACAAUCAUGUUAUCAGAAAAAACCUAGUCCAAAACUGCUGAUAAAACUCUCAGCAUAUUCAUACACCUUCAGCAUAAAACUAUAAACAUGAAUCUUACUAUAAAAACACUAUACAAAUAACUCAAUUAUAAAACAUUUUACAAUCCAUAUUUUAAAAUUUUAAAAGCUUAAAAGACACUUCAGUUGAAACACCUAUAUAGUACCUGUACUCUCUUGCUACUUCAGUUUUACAGGUGUGAGUGGACAAUCACAAACAAUUACAAAACAGUCCAUUUACUGCCUUGCACAAUGUGUCAGUCACCUUCUACACCACCCACUGCUGGUCACCACUGCUCACCAUUACUGUUUGGGUGGUGGACCAUUAACACUAACAUAUACAGACAUGGUUGUGGGUACUGAUCUAGUCCAAGGUCAUCGGGAGCAACAGCGUUGCUGGGGGCGGGGGGUGUGUUUUUUAAAACCCGUUACCCUGGGUUAAAGUGUUCUGCCAUCAACAACAUCAAGCCAAUAGUUAUCCUGUGGCCAGGGACCAUGAAUGAAGGACUAGAGGACACUUAACCCAGACUGUACACGUCAGCAGAAGG